AUGCCUCCACGGACUCGACAAUCAACUACAGGCGGCAUCGGCCGCCCUGCGACGCGCAGACAACGUGCACCUGUCGCGCGAAACACAUCAGACUCUCGCUGGAACUUCACGUCAACCAACGACGACGUACGCGAAUCUGUAGAAGAAGCAGACACGAACGGAUUUGACGCCGAUCAUCACGAAGAUAUGCCGUCGUCACCUGAAGUGGAGGAGGCUGUUGCUCCACUCCGCGAGAUGGCAGAUCGUGUGGGAAAGGAAGUGGAGAGCUUCGCCAUACAAUUCGAUAUGUUCUUGAAUGAUCUACCGACGCGACAGAACAAGUAUGAUGCUGCCAAGGAGGUUGUGCAGAGGUUUGAGGAUAUUGCGAAGGACGCUGUGGAUGCUUUGAAGAGGGGCCAUCAGAAGGAGAGGAUGGAGCAGUUGAGGAGAGAAUGGAGUGAGAGAGCGCGACUGUCUGCUUCAGGAAGUAUUAGGGCGGUUGGUCAGGGCAGUAGGAGUGGCGGUGGUGGUGUGGUGCAGGGCAUGAAGGCGGACGCGGUCAAGGAGAUGAGGUUGUGGCAGCAGGAGGCUGAUAUCUGGCGCCUGUUCUACAUUGUGAUUGACUACUUCUACGAUAGCGAUGUUCGGAAUGAGAGGAUGGCCAAGGAGCUUGCCAUUUUACCGCCACCACAUCGAUAUACAUCUGAAAAGGAGAUUUGGGAGCGUUUCCUACUGGAAAAUCCAGUCGCCAAAGCGCAUACAAUUUACAAGCAGUGGUUCGAGCAGACUGCUGAUCAUCAGGAAAGCGAUCUUGACGGUAUUAUGCAGACGCUAGAGGAGCGGCUAGGGACUGGCAGAGGGUUGUGGAAGAAGGGUUGGAUGCAUACCCGGGAAAAGAUCAAGGGUGAGAAGAGACAAGGCAGGUGGGCCAGCUCUUCCAAUGACAGGUUGCCGGAGAUAAGGUCUACGUCGGGGACCGGCUUGCUUGUCACCAACGUGGAUCCCGAUGCUGCUACUCGUCAAGGUCGUGCACUGGAGAAGGAGGACAAGCAUUUCGAACAGGCGAUGUGGAUCGCCUGCUGGGAAAUGCUGCGGCGUGGCAAGUCAUGGCAAGAUGUUUUGAGCUGGUGUGAGGAGCAUGCCGAGGGCUGGCGGGCCGCAGUACUGUGCCCAGCGACUGAUGCCACGGACGCUCUAUCCAAUGCCGCAUGGCGCAAGAUGUGCUAUCUGACCUCACAAUCUGGGUGUUCGAACGACUACGAAGCCGCUGUCUACGGUCUACUGGGCGGUAACGUCAAUGCCGUGCAGAAGGUCUGCCACACCACUGACGAUCGCCUCUUCGCUCACUACAGCUGCACACUGGUGCGCCAAUUCGAGCUCUACGUCCGGCAUAACUUUCCUGGAAGGGUGGCUUCUCUUGCUCAGCGGCCCGUGGCCGAAGAUGUGCUAGAUGAUGAGAACGUCGCACAGCGCAUCAUUACGGACUUCGUGCAACAGCUGCGCAGAAGUCAGGAGACGGCCGCCGACGCUGCACAGCCUCUGAAAGUGAUUGAAGGCUUUCUUCUAGCAAACGAUACAGAGUCCAUGGCUGCGUAUGUGGGUCAGGCUUUGUCAGAACUUGAUAAGCUGCAUGGCGGUCAUGAACAAGCGAUUAUCCAUCAUGACGACCAACUACGACCAGAGGAGGACACGAAAGCAGCCUCCAGCAUUGCGGCGGACCAACGAGCUCUGCGUAUCGUGGCACACAUGUAUCUCGUUCUGACUGCGAUUGACGAUGACAGUCAGCCGCCGGAGACAAUCCUGACGGAGCAGAACGUGGUCAUUGCCCACAUCCAAGCUUUACGCUACGCACGGAAACGCGACUUCGCCGCGGUCUAUGCUUCACGGAUCGAAGACGGGAACGCGGUCGUGGCACUAGCCCGUGUCUUGCAGGAUAUCAAUGGCGUAAGAGAGCAGCAGACGAUGUUGGGGUUGAUGGUCCAAUUCGAUAUGGAUCAGUCUCUUGUACUUGGUGAGCUUCUGCGGUGGACGAUGAUCACAAAGCUCAAUGCUCAAAAGACUCCCAAGAACUUGCUUCGGAUCAUCGAGGACUGUGAAGUCACGAAGCUUUACCCUGGCCAGCAAAUCAUCAGUGGCUUUUUGGCGAUGGACACAUCACUAAGCAAUGAUGACAAGGCCGUGCUCGAUACUUUGCAGUGGUUUCAGGUUGUGCCGGGGCUUUGGAAGGCGACUUUUGAGGCUCUGGCCGAAGCUCUUCGUACCUGCUUGAUGACUGGCCAACUUCCAUGCGCUGUCAAGAUCGUUGAGAGGUUCCCAUACGAGGAUAUCUCUAAGCAGAAGUCCUAUGGCGAGAUUGGUCGCUCCGUGAACAUCAUGGACAAGAGUCUGAUGCCUGAGGAUCAAGAUGAAGCGCUGAGAUGGCAGAUCUUGCAACAGCAGUCACAGACGUACUACGAGCUCGAGCAGCUUGUGCAUGCCAUUGAGACUCUGGCCAGCUGGGUCGGCGAGGAACGACCAUAUAGUGCGCAAGGCAAGCCUAACUCGCAAAAGCAACAAGAAUUGAAGAAAGCCAAAGCUACCAUGGACGAAUCGAUGAUGCCGAUAUUAUCUGGCAUCCUUCUUCAACCCGUGGACGACGACGAGAAGAAAUAUCUCGAUCGCAUCCGUGAUGCUUAUCUUCCAGAGAUCAUCAUGGCCUACAUAACCGCGCUCUACACUUCUGGCCCCUUGAUCUCACGGGACGCAUACAUCCAAAUCAUGGACCUGUCCGUUAUCAUCGCGUCGAAGGACUCCAAUGACCUGGCAGCGAUCUUCACUCAAGCUGGGCGAAUGCGUGAGCUUGUGCAGCUGUUCGCGCAAUCGAGUAAGAUGAUGCUUGUGAUGAAAGCUACUGGUCGUCCACAGAAGCCUAGGAAGGAUGGUAAGGGUCUGGGACUAUGGGAGAUUGGGCCACAGGGGCAAGGCGUCGUUGCUGAGAUCGAUGACUCGUAG